CCGACUGUUUCCGGCUGAGGCGGGGCGGUGGUGGCAUGGCGGCCGUGACGGAUCUGCAGCGGCUACAGACCGGUGUGGAGGAACUGGAGCGCUGGGUGUAUGGGCCAGGCGGGGCGCGUGGCUCGCGGAAGGUGGCUGAUGGCCUGGUCAAGGUACAGGUGGCUUUGGGGAACAUCGCCAGCAAGAGGGAGAGGGUGAAGAUUCUGUACAAAAAGAUUGAAGACCUGAUCAAAUACCUGGAUCCUGAGUACAUCGACCGCAUUGCCAUACCUGAUGCCUCUAAGCUGCAAUUUAUCUUAGCAGAGGAGCAGUUUAUCCUCUCCCAGGUUGCGCUCCUGGAGCAGGUGGAGGCCUUGGUGCCCAUGCUGGACAGUCCUCACAUCAAAGCCGUUCCUGAGCAUGCCGCCCGCCUGCAGCGCUUGGCCCAGAUCCACAUCCAGCAGCAGGACCAGUGUGUGGAGGUCACCGAAGAGUCCAGGGCUCUCCUGGAGGAAUACAACAAGACUACAAUGCUUCUCUCCAAGCAGUUUGUGCAGUGGGAUGAGCUACUUUGCCAGCUAGAGGCCGCUAAGCAAGUGAAGCCCGCGGAGGAGUGACAGGUGUUGCCCAUGCUGGGGUGUCCAGGACAGCCCCACUGCAGAGCCCUGUGCCCAUCUGCGCUUGUAACAGGGCAGAGGCAGGUCUCUAUAUUUAUUGGAUUCACGGCCCACUUGCCUGCACUCAGGUGGGGCUCUGAGGUCAGGGGUUACCUGAGAUUUGAGAUUUGUACCACCUCCCAAUCAGUAUCCUUAUUCCACUGAGAAUAAACUAUAGAGAGCACUG